AUGUAUGUAGUAACCUUUGAGCAUAAGGGAGAUAAGGUGAGAGCUGUGACUGAGUUUAAAGUGCCGACCACAACAAAGCAGUUGCAGCUGGAGGACCCAGUCACAGGAGUGUUGCUCUAUUUGCUCAAAAAAGACAAGCAGAGUGAGGAAGAAAAAACCAAGAUCUGCAAAAAGCUGAAGAUCGUGGUGAUUGGGAGCGACGGUGCAGAAAGGAAUGAAGUCAUUAACCUGAUCCAGAACCACCUUAAGUCCAAUGAGACCAGCUUCAACCUUUCCUGUCUGCCUAUUGAAGAGGUUUAUCCUGAGAGCUAUGAAGGUCUUGAUAUGGAUCAUUUCAACCGACUGGGUCAACCAGACUAUGAUAGCAAGGAAAUGGAGAUCAAGAAGAUCACGAGGUGCAUCUCCAAAACCGCUCACCAUGUGUUCCUGUUGGUCAUUAAGAACGGUCAAUCCAAAGAAGAAAUUAAAACAAUGGUGGAGAAUAUAAAGGCUGUAUUUGGUGAGAAAGUAACAAAGAGCAUGAUUCUUGUGCUCAAGGGAGAGGCUCUAGGCAAUGAGGGGAUUUCCACAAUAGAAGACAUUAAUAAAGAGGACAAACUGAAAUUCAUCAGGUGUGUUAAAGUCUGCAACCAUCAAGAGAGUCAGUCUGCAGUCAGUGAAAUCGUAAAUGAAAUUCAAGAAAUCAUCUCAGAGAGUGGAGGAAAAUGUUACACCCACAAGAUGAUGAUGAUGAUGAUGAUGAAGGCUCAGAGCUCAGCAAAAAAAGAGAAACAGGAGCUGAGGAUCGUGGUGAUUGGGAGCAAUAAUGCAAAGAAGAAAGAAGUGAUUGACAUGAUCUGGAAACAUCUUCAGCAUAGUAACAAUCCACAUCGGACCAGGAGUUGCUGCCUAAAAGCUAAGGGUUACCCUGUGAGCUAUAAAGGCCUCAAACAAAUCAUGGAUGAAAUUAACAAGAUCAUCACGAUAAGUGAAGGAGAGUGUUACACCCACAAGAUGUUGAAGACCGUUCAGAAGAAAGAGGAGAAAACUAAGAAGCUUCCAAUAAAGGCAAAAAUUGGUUUACUGGAGGUGUGCUUGGAGGUGGAUCUGGAGCCAUAA